CGCGCCACACCCGCGCUCUGCGGCCCCGCGGGAGGAGGUGAUCGCGGCGGAUAUAAGGGUCGGGGAGAUGGAGCAGCGGAGGACAAGCGCCGGUUCGCUCUCCAGAUCGGUUGCCCUGCAGCAGGAGCGCCUCGGCCUUGGUUCCGCGUCUCCGUCCCGGACUUGGCUCCACUGCAGGCAAAGGCAAUGAUCUCGUCUGCCCGCCUCCGGAGCUGCCCAGCGCUGGGCUCGCUGCUGCUGCUGCUGCUGGGGCAGGUUCUGGGCGCUCCCCAGGCGCCAGCAGCCCCAAACCAAGAGAUCUGCCUGCUGCCCCCAGAGGAAGGCCCCUGCCGGGCUCUCAUCCCGAGGUGGUACUACGACAGGUACACUCAGACGUGCCAGGAGUUCUCUUACGGGGGCUGUGAGGGCAAUGCCAACAACUUCCGAAGCUUGGAAAGCUGUGAGAAGAGCUGCUGGAUGAUCCGGAAAGUGCCCAAAAUAUGCAGGCUGGAGGCUGAUCCAGGACCAUGUAGAGGUUACCUAAAAAGAUAUUUCUUCAACCUGAGUUCAAUGAAGUGUGAAAAAUUUAUCUAUGGUGGAUGCUAUGGAAAUGAUAACAACUUUCAAGAUGAAGAUUCUUGUGUGGACUCCUGUUUGUCUGAGAAAACUGGCCCCUCAUUAUGCUAUAGCCCAAAAGAUGAAGGAUUGUGUUCAUCUUCUGUGACCCGCUAUUACUACGACUCAAAGAGUCAAUCAUGUGAAGAGUUCAGCUAUACAGGUUGCGGUGGAAAUGCCAAUAACUUUGUUAACAAAAAAAAUUGUUAUAAUAUCUGCAAGAAAGCUGGGAGUAAGAAACCAAGUUUCAGCAAGUCAAGAAAUAAACUUCCCAAGACUAUGAGAAAACUACAGGAAAAAAUCUAAUCAAUCUAACCUAAUGUUUUAAAUCUGAAGAGCCCAUCAAUGUUAAAUGCACUACUUUGACUUAGAGAGCUUCCUAUAAUAUACUUUUACUUUUUGUGUGUGUAUGUGUGUAUACAAUUUUAUUCCUUAAACUAGUUCUGUCUGAGAACUAGUCUCUUUGACCUGUUUUUACAUUAGAAGCAGCUAUUAUUAGUAAUGUGAAUUGAUUUGUUUGGUUUCUGCAACGCUAUUUUUGCUUAAAAACCAACUAUUUGAAUUUCCAUGUUUUUACUGAGAAAUAUUGCUACUUUUUUUGGAAAACGAUGUAAAUGUCACAAUCCUGUGAAGCUUGAAGUACCCUUCAUCUGUUGGUUUAACUAAGGUGUACACCAAGCUAGAGCCCUACCCUUAAUUUUUUUUUAACAUUUGUUUACUAAAGACUAUACAAAUAUCUAUAAUACUUCUCUUGCAUAUCCUUUUGUCAUUAUAUAAACAGUCUAUCCCUUAAAGGGAGUCAUGUUUAGGUAGAAGAAUCAGAAUAGUGGUAAUUAUAUUAAUGUGGCAAAGGAGAUUAGAGCCUGGUUCAAUUUAAAAAAAUAAAUAAAUUCAACUUCAGUGAAAGGAAGC